UCUUUACACACUGCACUUGAUCCACGCACGGCCGUAUACCAACGCGAAGCUAUCUAGCCCCACUCCUACCAACGACACCGUAUCACAGCUACCAUGGCCAAAGCCGCCGCCGACAGCGCCAAGGGCGUCAAAAUGUUCAGUGCUGACACUGUGGCCGCGGUCCUCAUGAGUACCGGCACGACCUCGCUCUCCAUGAAGAACUACGAGCUUAUGAGUUCCCUCGAUGGCACCAAGACAGCGAGCGGCUUCCAACAUGAUUUCCGCUCCGUUCUCGCCAAGGCCAAAGAGUUGAAGUCGCGGGUUGACGAUGGUGAACCGUUCGAGCCCGUUCAACCGGCCAAGAAGCGCGUGUUAGGUGGGCUGGCAUCUCCAGCAACCCCGAGGAAGCGCAAAGCUGCAGGCGCCAGCGACAAGGACGAGACGCCUUCCAAAAAGAAGGCCACGCCCAAGGCCCGUGGAAAGAAGGUCGCUGACCCGGUCGAGGAGCCCAUGAGCGCUAUGGGUAGUGAAGGCUUCCCUGAGGAUGCCGAUGCCUUCAUCAAGGGGGAGCAAGACUGGGAGCAGGGAUUUACCUAG